AUGCAGUCCACUCUCAUCUCUUGUGUUGUAGCGUCAACCCUUACUCAAUUGAAUCUGAGAACCACUUUUGCCCGCCGUUCGAGUUAUUCCACAUUCAUCCGGGAAGGCGACCGCGGUCGCCUUCCAGCAUGUUUACGGACUAGUGCGGAACAGGGGUUGUCUGCAGCCAAACAGGCUGCCACGGAUCAGCUGCCACACGCGCUUGCGGAUGUAAUAGUUCACGGUCUGCUCCUUCACUCUCCCAAAGCGUCCCUUGGACAUUUUCCGUCUCUGCUAGUUCUUUGGCAACGCUUCGACAUGAUAAAGCAACCCUUUGACGUGAAGCUGGAGAAUGUUGGCCAGGUGCUCGCGGGCCUGGAAGGGUAUCCUCCCAACACUUCUCUGCGCGCCGUGAACCUGGAAUUCUUAAGGGCAGUGUCGCGCGUGCUCAGGACUAUCGUCGAGACGCCAAAGUCGGAGCGGAAUCUUGGCAAAGCGCUCGAUGUGAGCCUCUCCAUCCAUGACGAUGUGCUGAGCCAGUUUGACCGCUGGACCAACGACCCUCGCGAGUUCUGGCAUCCCCAGGCAGGCCAUGUGAACAGGUACAGCGAGCUCAGCUCAUCGACGGACAAGGCCAAGGGCUUCUACUCGUCACUGCUGAAGUUGAGGGGCAACGUUGCCCAGUGCCAGGUUCGCUGGAGAAUCGGCACCAUUUCCGCGUUUCUCGACUAUCGAAAGAUGACGUCCACCGGGGAGGUGUCGAAAAUUGUAAAGCCAAAUAUACGGCGCUGGCUGAAAACCAUCCAGUGGUCUACCGAGGAAGACGAGAUCGAGAAGUGCCGGCAAAUCAUACUGGCAGGCGGGCGGAGACAUAAAUUCUGCAAGCUCUUGGGCGAGGCAACCCCCGCCCAGAACAACACAGAAUGCUACUCUGCAAUGUUUUUGGCGGAGGCUACCGACAGCUGGGACCACAAAACGAGCAUCAACGAAUCGGGCAUGGUGGAUAUGGUGGCGGAGCUACGUAACCGUGACAUUCACACCUGGACUCAGACGCCAAUAUGCAACGGGCUUGCCAGAAAACUGCUUCAAUUCAACGAGAACAUGUUUCUUGACGAAGCAAGGAUGAUAAAGACGGGUGAACACUAUCAGCGACAGAAGAAACGAAAACGUCAGUCCAGUCAGCCCCUAGCUUCGGAGGCCAGACCGAGGAUCUCGCAAAACACAACAGCAGCACAUCCGAUCUCGUCUCCAGAUGUCGGUGCAACCUCAGUCUGCAGGCCCACCGCCGCGACUGCAUCCAUGACUGAAGUCGAGCCUGUGCCGCGCUUGAAUUGGAGCGGUCAAUAUGAUCCAGUUCGUAACAAUUCAAUCGCGGCAGCCCUUGGCAAUGCGAGUGGCAUGCAGCCGCCACAAAUGAGCGGUAUCAGCAUAGACGCCGCGCAAUGCCUAGCCGCACAACAAGAUACACAUUUGAGUGUCGCUCAAAACUGUGGUCAACAGGCCUGUGAUGGCUUGGCCCUUCCAGGCGGCACAGACGUUGCGAUAUGCUUCUGGGAUUCGCCCGUCAUAGCGUUCCGAGGGGGUGAACAAGAGAGCGCUGAAGGGCGAUGGGGUACAGUUUCUAAUAGGGCCGUGGAUCAGGCCCUGACGGGCGAUCCAAUGACCUUGGACUUUGACUUGGACCAUGGCUGGUAUAAUUGGUUUCACGACUAG